GGAGGAGGAAGAGAGCUUUGACCAGAGAGGAUAGAAAUGCAGCAAGGAAAUAGUGGAUAGAACGUCCCCUUUCCCCCUCCCCAACACCCACACAGACACAUAAGGUCAGUUUACCUCUUUGUAAAUCUGUAGCGGUGGUAGUAGUGAUGGUGGAAGGCGUGAAUAAGGGGCCUACCUGGGCUAGCUUUCUGUUUGUUUUUCCUGCAAAUGUUACAGCAACAGGUGCUUUCUUAAAACAAAAAAGCGUGAACUAGGAUUGGGGGUUGGCUUCGAGUUCUUGCAAAAUAUAACUGCUCCUGUUGAUUUGGAAGAUGCUGAAUGUGGUCCCUCAUUGAGGGGUUUGGAUUCUGCCCUUUGGGCUGGGUUUUGCAAAUUGAUGGUGUCUAUCCUUGCCUCUAUAGUUGUCUGGCAUUAGCUCUAGUCAGACAUUUUACCAGUCUGCCAGCUGAAGGGCAAAAAAACCACGAAUCCCAUUGGCCAAAGACCAUGCACUAUUUGAACUAUAGUAGGUUGUGAUUGGCUGAAUGAUUUUUUUGACUGUAGAGUUUCUGCUAGAAAUUGGCUUCAUCAAAUUCUGCUUUAUUCUGACUUUAUCAUACACAGCAGGCCUUGUUUUAGUGGGUUCGUGCCUGGAGCUUAAGUAUAUUAUACCUGAAUUCCCUACCUUUUAAAAGCCAAUUUAUAAACUGGGACUUGGAGUGUGACUCCGCUAAUGUGUGUGCCUGUGAUCUUGGUUAGAAACCCACUUGGCUGCCUUUCCUCAGAGAGGUGGGGGUUGGGGGAAGGGAGCUGCCGGGAAAGUGAUUGAUAAGGUUUCCUUUAUGGAUUCCGUGGUGCUUCACUGGAGCUCAGAGCACUUUGGCAACUUAAGCACUCCAAAUUAAAAGCUCAUUAACAAUUCCCGCCCAAAGAUCCUGUAAAUAAUCGGCUAGCUAGGUCAUAGAGCUUGACUGAGAGCUCUCCUUCCAGCUUCCACCUCCACAUAAAAGUCCUUUUACUCCUUUUCAUCUUGAAAAGUGUUUUGUUUGUGGUGGGCUAAGCUGAUGAGUGACAUUUUCUCAGAGAAUCUGAGUAGAAUAAAGUCUGAAAUGUGUAUAGAGUGGUAGACAGGAAUAGAUGGGUUCCAAACCUAGGUGUUUCUUUGUGCAAAGGGCAUUUUGCUAGCUUAUACGGGCACCUCCUGCAACUUCUAGUCCUUUAGAAGAUCUGAAUUAGGUGGUAAAUAAUGAUAGGUGUCCAUUGAUGAUUUGAUUUGGAAUUUGGUUACCUUGACUUUCUAUGAACUUGAGACAGCCCUGGAAGUAUCCUGCAAGUGUUUCCUAGUUUAUGUGAACAUUUGCAAUGUGGCUUGGGUGUUUGCUGGCAACCGCUCUUCUAAUCCUGGCCUCAGUUCCUGAGUUCUGAAUAUUGCCAUAUUUACUAGUGUCCUCUCCUUGACUGGACUAGGAUUCUGGGAUUAUCCAGACAGCAUACAACUUUAUGGCCUCUUUCUCAGUCUAAGCUUAUAUAUUGUAAAUGUUUAGUGUUCCUAGGAGGUAAGUCUCUUAAGAAGAAAAAUAUGCUACUAGAGAACAUAAAAUUCCUCAUUCCAAAAAUAUAUACUGUCAGUAGCUUCUGAAAUCUCUAUACAGGCACCGUCCUUCCACAUAGAUGGCUGUUAUCCUGAAGUAGUUUGAGUUUAGGAGUUUGAAGUAUAUACUGUUAGUCCUUAAAUUUUUUCAUAUAGCAGCCCCAUGGGGAGUUGAUCCUUUGUAUUGAAAUAGAUUUGUUGCAGAGAUGUGUAUUUAUCCACAGCAUUGGGGCUUUCCAGCUUUCACAGAACCUUCAGCAUCCCCAGCUACCAGCCUUGGCAUCUUCGAAGUACGGAGAGAUGCUUCUGGAUGUUCAAUGCUAGCACCUUUGCAGACUGGAGCAGCUCGAUUUUCUUCAUAUUUACUUUCAAGAGCAAGAAAAGUGCUGGGCUCCCACUUAUUUUCUCCCUGUGGUGUUCCGGAGUUCUGCUCCAUAUCCACCAGAAAGCUGGCGGCCCACGGCUUUGGCGCAUCCAUGGCAGCAAUGGUGUCCUUCCCUCCCCAGAGGUAUCACUACUUUUUAGUGCUGGACUUUGAGGCCACGUGUGACAAGCCACAGAUUCAACCUCAGGAAAUCAUCGAGUUCCCCAUCCUGAAGCUAAAUGGCCGGACUAUGGAGAUUGAGUCUACUUUUCACAUGUAUGUCCAGCCCGUAAUCCAUCCACAGCUUACUCCCUUCUGCACAGAGCUCACCGGGAUUAUUCAAGCCAUGGUGGACGGUCAGCCAAGCCUGCAGCAAGUGUUGGAGAGGGUCGAUGAGUGGAUGGCGAAGGAAGGCCUCUUAGAUCCAAACGUCAAGUCCAUUUUUGUCACCUGUGGAGACUGGGACUUAAAAAUCAUGCUCCCAGGCCAGUGCCAGUACUUGGGCUUGCCAGUGGCAGAUUACUUCAAGCAGUGGAUUAAUCUGAAAAAGGCUUACAGCUUCGCCAUGGGCUGCUGGCCCAAGAACGGACUUCUAGACAUGAACAAGGGCCUCAGCCUGCAGCACAUAGGCCGGCCCCACAGCGGCAUCGAUGACUGCAAGAACAUUGCCAACAUCAUGAAGACACUUGCAUAUCGAGGCUUCAUCUUCAAGCAGACCUCGAAGCCGUUCUGAUUGGCCGAGAACGGGAUGGGGCAGUACAGGGUAGCUGCUUGGCCCAACCCAGAAUCCUCCUCUCCCUCGCCAGAGGGAAAAAGGGAGAGUGGCACAGCUCUGCAUCGAGUGUCCCCAGCCUGCCCUGCGGGCCUGUGCCCUGGGUAAGGGCGUGGCCACUUGGUCCCUCCGGAGCAGAUACUUUGUGGCCCCCCAUCCCCAUCCCUCAACCUCAGCCCAGUAUUAGCCCCUCCCAUUAUGGGCCUGGGCUAGGGGACCCAGGCACGUACUGCCUCUCCCUGGUACACAGGCUUCUGCUGGGGCCACCAAGCCCCCUGUGCCCCCUCCCAUCUGUAGUGCAUGGUGUGUGGUGCCCCCAGGGCUCCAGGACAGAUCUCGUGUCCACCCCAUCCCCGCUGUGAACGUGCCACUGAAUAAAGUCGGGGAAAUAAG